ACAAUACUCGUACCAAAAUUAAUUUUGUUUUUACUUCUGUUUCCUAAUUUAGGCUUAGAACCACUAAACCAUAACUUUCUUGGGCUUAGCUUUUUUUUGUUAAAACCUGUUUUCUUCACACUUUGACUGCUUAAUAUUCCCAUACACAACACCACCAUCACCACCUCGGAAAUUUACCCUUUUUCUCUCUCCUCUCCAUCCUUCCUCUGUAGAGUUAAAAACAUAGGAGAGAGAAAAAUUAUAUCCAAACAACAUUCACUAGAAUUUAUAGAACCUUCCUUUUUUUACUCCUAGAUAAUUCUCCUCCUACUUUUGUGCUCUUUUUUUUAGUUAGUUUAGUAAAUAAUAAUAAUAAUAAGAGCACUAAAGUAAUAAUAAUGGGUGAAAAAGGAAGAUUUGAUGGAGAAAUUCAACUUCCAGGAGGGAGUUUUUCUAGGCUAUUAUUAUCAUCUGAUGAUGUUGAAGAUAAAACUUUAUGUUUACAUUCUCCUCUGUUUUCUUGUAAUACACCAAAAAUGCUCUGUUUUGGUGAUUUUAACUCCAAAAUUACCCCUAAAGUUACACUUUCUACUGUAAAUGAUAAAAUUACUGUUUCUAACUCCAAUAAGAGGAGAAAUGGGUCGGGUAAAGAAUCCGGGCAUGGGUCAGGAAACGGGCAGAAACAGAAGAAUGGGAUGAUGAAGAAGAAUAAACCAGAAAUGGGGUCCACCAUUGUUACUACUUCUGUACCUGGGCAUGCAAAGGGGAGGAGAGAGAAACUUGGUGAAAGGAUCAGUGUAUUGCAGCAGCUUGUAUCUCCCUAUGGCAAGACGGAUACAGCUUCUGUGUUACAUGAAGCAAUAGGUUACAUAAGGUUCCUACAUGACCAGGUUAAAGUGCUUUCUACACCUUAUUUGAAGCGCUUGCCGCCUUCGCCAUCUGCUCAACAAUCCAUUCCUGACGAGGGCGGAGCAAAUGCAAAAGCGAAUUCAACAGAGGGGUUAAGGAGCAGGGGGCUAUGCUUAAUUCCGAUGGAAUCCAUGUUCCAUGUCGCAAAUAGCAACGGUGCUGAUUUCUGGUCAUCUGCUACAAUAAGAUCAUCAGGGUCAUCAGGAUAAUACAAAAUCUUCAAGUAUAAUAGUAGUAGUUAUCCUACGUAUUUUGUGAAUGAACUUAACUACUUAAGUACAUGAAGAAGAAAUGUAAAUUUUCUCCUGCACAUAAAGCAGAAGCGGUAAUUGUCUUCUUUUGCUUAACGAAAGGGGUAAAUGUUUUGGCAGCCAAAGGAUAGUUAGUUCACUAGUUGGAACUUUUAUGUAGCUACUUUAAACUUGUGAAAGGUACAUAGCAAUAGAUACAUCUGCUACGAAGUUUUCCAUGGAA